AUGCCUUCGGUCGAGGCACCGUCCCUUCCGCAAGACGAUGCCGCCGCCAAACCCGCCCUGACGCCGCCCACGAGCGAAGACAACGACAAGCGCUUUGAGAGAAUGUCGUCCGAACUCACCGAUCUCGACAGUGACGACGGCGAAGAUAUCGAGCCCGACCAUUAUUUUGAAGGAGGAAAGAUACCAGUGUUCAAGCCAACAAUGGAUCAGUUUCGCAACUUUCAGCGUUUCAUUGAAAAGGUCGACAAGUACGGAAUGAAGUCUGGUAUAAUCAAGGUCAUUCCUCCAAAAGAAUGGCGCGAAUCCCUCCCCGACCUCACCGAAGCCGUCAAGAGUAUCAAAGUCAAAAACCCAAUCACACAAGAGUUCAACGGGCAGCAUGGAAUUUACACGCAGGCGAACAUUGAAAAGCAGCGAUCAUACAACCUACCAGAGUGGCGGGCAGUAACGGACGAGCCGCAUCAUCAACCACCCGCAAAGCGAGCCUUUCGCGUCAUCCGUCUGCCACUGGCUGUCCGUUCACAUGCUAUCGUCAGCUUGUCUGCACAAGCGUCUUCUGCUAUGCGCAAAGAAGCAAGCAGCCUCGUAGCCAACUCUGCCUUUGCAUGCACAUCGGGCGUGAAACAUGCCAUCUAG